AUGGUAGGAAGUGAUGGGAAGAGAAGCACCGACAUUCAGCAGCUGUACGAAAAGAUCGAAAAGAUCGGCAAGGCUGUUCCUGCAGAAAUUUUUGGUAAAAUUCUCUUUGCCAUCCUUGUGGUUGAACAUAAGAGGCCCCUUGAUAAUGCAGCGAAGCCAUUGAAUCAGGCCAGGGCUUAUGUAGACGCUGCCGUCAGGUUGCUUCAAGCUCAUGGUAUAACCGGACUGCCCGUGUUUGCACUCGCCACAAACGGCAAUGAUGGUGUAGUGUUAAUGGCGUGGCACAGUGAAACCGCUGAGAAAGUCUACCUUGUUGACCGAUCAGUACAGCGAUUUGAUAUAUCGUCGCCCAUAGAAGUGUUCCACUUCGCAACAUUCCUCCUUCGCCUCAGAGAUCAUUAUGUUGAUCACUUCAAGGAGAACCCGGACCAGACCGAAGCAGCGAACAAGGCAGCACAAGAGAUGGCAAUGAAGGCAGAGGAGAAGCUGCGAGCGGCUAAGGCACAGGCAAAGGAGGAUGGCCUGGACCCAGAUAAAGUCGAAGUCCACAUAGGCUGGGGAUGGUGGAAAUCCGCUCAGACACAGUGA